AAAUGACAUAUGCUUUAAAACGUGACGAAAGAAUAACAAACACGCUCUUUCUCGUGCAAGUAACCCAAGUGGCAUCUUGUCUCGUUUAUCGUAACUCAAAUUAAACGUAAAGAUGUCGGGAGGAAUCGAGGCUUUAAGCCUUAAAGAGGACGAUGUUACCAAGAUGUUGGCGGCUUCCACCCAUCUUGGAACAGCAAAUGUUGAUUUUCAAAUGGAACAGUAUAUAUACAAACGUCGUCAUGACGGUACUCACAUUAUCAAUUUAAGAAAAACGUGGGAAAAAAUUCUGUUGGCUGCCCGUGCCAUUGUUGCUAUUGAACACCCUGGCGAAGUUUUUGUAAUUUCAUCUCGUCCCUAUGGCCAACGUGCUGUUCUUAAGUUUGCUGCCCACACUGGAGCUACCCCUAUCGCUGGAAGAUUUACUCCUGGUGCCUUCACUAAUCAGAUCCAAGCUGCAUUCAGGGAACCUCGCUUGUUGAUUGUUACUGAUCCUGCUUUUGAUCACCAACCAAUUACAGAAGCCUCCUAUGUAAACAUUCCAGUUAUUGCUUUGUGCAAUACUGAUUCUCCAUUACGUUUUGUUGAUAUUGCCAUUCCCGGAAACAACAAAGCUUCUCACAGUAUUGGUUUACUUUGGUGGCUUUUGGCUAGAGAGGUUCUCCGCCUUAGAGGUAUCAUUCCACGUGACACCAAAUGGGAUGUUGUAGUAGAUCUUUUCUUCUACCGUGAACCAGAAGAAGCUGAAAAAGAAGAACAAGCUGCCAAAGAAGCUGUGGCUGCUGUUGUCAAACCUGUAGAAAUCCCAGCUCCUCUUGAAGGCCAAGACUUGGACUGGAAUACUACUGAAACUACUGACUGGAAUGCUGAAGUUGCACCAGUUGCUCCUGUUGCUGCACCUGCAUUUAAUGUUGGUGCUACUCAAGAUUGGGCUUCUGAAGUUGCUCAAGAGGAAUGGUCUACAAAUCAACCAGCUGCUCCUGCUGCUCCAAAUUGGGGAGGUGCCAAUGAAUGGCGUUAAAAAUACUGUUUUGGACC